GCUGGUUCACAUAAAUAGAAGAGUAAAGCGAGAACCCUCUCUAGGUGAUCAACAGCCAUCAUGAGGUCUCUGGUCCUGCUUAUGCUUGUAGGAGCUUGUUUUGCUCUGGAGGAUGACAAGAUUGUUGGAGGGUAUGAGUGCACACGCAACUCCCAGCCCUGGCAAGUAUCUCUGAAUGCUGGCUAUCACUUCUGUGGUGGUUCUCUGAUCAAUCAGAACUGGGUUGUGUCUGCUGCUCACUGCUACAAGUCUCGUGUGGAAGUUCGUCUGGGUGAGCACCACAUUCAGAUUAAUGAAGGUACUGAGCAGUUCAUCUCCUCUUCUCGUGUCAUCCGCCAUCCCAACUAUAACUCUGCCACCAUUGACAAUGAUGUCAUGCUCAUUAAGCUGAAUAAGCCUGCCACUCUGAACAACUUUGUGCAGCCUGUUGCACUGCCUAAAAGCUGCCCUCCUGCCGGAACAUUGUGCACAGUCUCUGGAUGGGGAAACACCAUGAGCUCCACUGCUGAUAGCAACAAGCUGCAGUGUGUGCAGGUGCCUAUUCUCUCUGACAAGGCUUGUGACAACUCUUACCCUGGGAUGAUCACUGAUUCCAUGUUCUGUGCUGGUUUCCUGGAGGGAGGCAAGGACUCUUGCCAGGGUGACUCUGGUGGCCCUGUGGUGUGCAAUGGUGAGCUGCAGGGUAUUGUGUCUUGGGGUUAUGGUUGUGCUCAGAAGAAUCGCCCUGGUGUCUAUGCCAAGGUCUGCAUUUUCACCAACUGGAUUGCCCAGACAAUGGCCAGCAAUUAAAUCUGCUCCAUCUCACUUAAAAUACAGCAAUGUCACUCUGCAAAGUCUAACAACUGAUGUUAUGUUAAAAUGAAUCAAAUAAAAAGAAUAAAACAUA